AUGUCCAACCAAACACCCACAGCUGCGUCAUCCUCAUCGUUGGUUCCAAAUGUUGAAUUACAUAAUGGAGUAAAGAUGCCAAUCAUUGGAUUGGGAACAUGGGAAGUAAACCAAUCUCCACAAUGCGAGGAAUGUAUUCUAGAUGCGAUUGAAAUUGGUUACAGACAUAUUGAUACUGCUCGAAUUUACCGUAAUGAGAAAUUAAUUGGAAAAGUGUUAAAGGAUUUUAUUUUUGAAAAGUCGCAUGAGGGUAAAGAUCGUAUUCCCACGUUAACUCGCGAGGAUUUAUUUAUUACAUCAAAAUUACCUCCAACGAAAGUGCACAGUGAAGAGAUCAUUCGAGAGACAUUUAUGGAAUCUCUGGAAGAUUUGCAGUUAAGCUAUUUAGAUUGUUAUUUAAUUCAUUGGCCUGGAACGAGUAAAAUUAUUGUCACAAGCGAUCAAAACAGACUCAACAGAAUUGCCACUUGGCGUGUUUUAGAACAGCUUUAUCGUGAAGGUAAAACACGAUCAAUUGGAGUGAGUAAUUUUACAUGUCAACACAUGCUUGAACUUUUGGAAGAUAUCAAAUCAAGAGAAGAUGGAAUUAUUCCCCACGUCAAUCAAAUUGAAUACCAUCCUCUCUUGUACAAAACCCAUGCCCAACUCGAAGAAUUAUGCAAGCAACAUUCUAUUGUUAUUCAGGCUUAUUCUCCGCUUGCUCAUGGGGUGCUAAUGCAAGGAAAAUAUGGACAAGUGACAUCGAGAGAAUGUCUCCAAUGGAUCCUACAGAGAGGACAUGUCAUACUUCCACGGAGCGUCAAACGAAAUCACUCGGAAGAGAAUUUUAAAGCUGUGACUGAUUGGGCCUCUAACAUCAUUGAGGAUGAAAGUCGUUUAAAACGAUUGGAUCAUCUCGUGGAAAACGAAGUUCGAAUUUGUUGGAAUCCAGAAACGAUCAAGUAA